GACAGCGGCAUCCCAACUCUAUACUUUGCUUCGCGCUACCCUGAUCAAAUUCUUUCCCUCCAUCCCGUCUUAAUCGCUUCCCGACCAAGUCUCCAGCUUCCCUUCCGCGCCCAAAAGCAAACGAUUCCAAUCCAAAUCGAUCGAAGCCUAGCCGAGUAGCCCAAGAAUUAACAAACCCGGCCUCUCGGUAGCCCGAGAACUCAAACAUGGAUCACACAAAUCUUUCUUCCCCCGCAAUGGAGGACACCGCUCCGGCGCAAGCUCGAUUUGGCGCCGGCAGCGAUGUCAUUUCCGCCAGAUUGCAGCAGGCUCUGGCGCUCCUCUUCCCGUCCAACCUCGCCGCCAAGGCGGUGCUGUUCGCCGUCGUGGUGGCGCUGCUGCAGCUGCUGCCGAUGGGGCAGACGCCCAGGAUGUGGGAGCUGCCCCACAUCCUCCUGCUCGGCCUCGUCAUCUCCUACGGCGUCUUCGGCCAGAGGAACGCCGAUGACGAGGUAGCGGUCCCGGUGGCCGCCGCUUCCAAGGUCGUCGACGACGACGAGUCCGUGGAAUCCUACGUCUCCAAGAUACUACAAGGCCCGCUCGUCUUCGAGGGCAGCGUCGGCCAGGAUAGCAAUGGGGGCGGCAAGGACGGCGGCGUGCAGGCUUGGAGCUCGCAGUACUACGCCGACGACCCCCUCGUCGUCGUCGCCAACGCGGGCGACGCGAGCGAGAAGCCGCUUCUCCUGCCGGUGAGGAAGCUAAAGCCGGCGGCCGAAGAACCUGCGACGGGCAACGUAACCGACGACGGCGCUGAUGAAGAAACAGAGUUCGUCCCCAAGGAAGGAGUAGGAUACGGCGCAGCGCGCGAGUACGCCACGUCUUCGCCGUCCUCUGUCCUCGACGCCGGGAUGACCCUCUCGCCGUGCUCGCCUCCUGCCCCGCCGCCUCCGUCGGAGUUACUUGGUAGUGGACGCCGCCUCGCGAAGGCCAAAGCGAGAAGCUUCAACGAAUAUCGAGUCGGAGACCUCAAGAUGAGCGGACGGGCAGGCAUACGGAGCGGCGGCGGCAACAGGUUCCGGUCAAACUCUUCGAUUCAGGCAUCGAGGAGGAGCACUUUCGCCGGUUACGAUCCUGUAGUUCAGUCCGACAAUCAAGUUGACGCAGAUGACGAGCUGGACGACAUGGCCGCGGCAUCAGACAGCUCGUUCAGCAGCGACGACAUGGUCAGGGACGGCGGCGACGAUGAAGAUAACUGCGAGCUGGAGGAGCUGGAACAGGAAAGCUCUUGCGACGAAGAGCUGUUUGAACUGGCGGCGAGGCCGCAGCCAGAGGCGGCAGCUGAGGAGGACGAGGUGGACAAGAAAGCUGACGAGUUCAUAGCCAAGUUCAGGGAGCAGAUCAGGAUGCAGCGAGCUCAGCAAGGCAAGAGAUGACCGAUCAAGGAUUGUAUCGUGUGUUGUAAUGCUUAUUCUUCUUUAGUUCUUUUGAUCGAUUGAUGUAAUUAACUACAUCCUGAACAAUUGGUGUAAACGAGCGAAACGAAAGCCAGCGCUAAGGGCUAAGGGGAAAAUGCUGUAUGCUUGAGUGUC